AUGGCGUCGGCUUCAGCGUAUCUCUCCCUCCCAAAACCCUCUCCCUUCGAUUCCUUGAAUUCCCUGAAACCCCAUUAUCACAUAUCUCUUCCCAUCUCCACGAACUACCAAAAACCUACCUUCCACCGUCCUAUUCUCAUUACAAACACCCUUUCAGAUGGGAAACCAAAACUCGCGGCCACUGCUGCCGCUGCCACCGCCACCACUGUUUCUACCAUCACUACCACCUCGUCCUCUCCCACCACUUUCGUUUCCCGAUUUGGGCCUGAUGAACCUAGAAAGGGUGCCGAUGUACUUGUGGAAGCUCUUGAACGUGAAGGCGUAACCACUGUCUUCGCUUACCCAGGUGGAGCAUCCUUGGAAAUACACCAAGCCCUCACUCGGUCCUCCAUAAUCCGUAAUGUACUCCCCAGACACGAGCAAGGUGGUAUCUUUGCUGCAGAGGGAUACGCUCGUGCAUUAGGCCGCCCGGGGGUCUGCAUCGCCACCUCUGGUCCUGGUGCCACCAAUAUCGUCAGCGGCCUGGCCGAUGCCCUGCUUGACAGCCUUCCUCUUGUUGCCAUCACAGGACAGGUUCCGCGCAGGAUGAUAGGCACUGUUACGUUCCAAGAAACCCCCAUUGUCGAGGUUACACGAUCCAUUACUAAGCACAACUACCUUGUGCUUGACGUUGAAGACAUCCCCCGUAUUGUACGUGAGGCAUUACUUCUAGCAACUUCGGGUCGUCCGGGUCCUGUACUGAUUGAUAUCCCGAAGGAUAUCCAGCAGCAGCUUGUUGUUAUUGGUCUGCAGAAUGGGCAGAAUUGCAAAAACGCCAUCGCUAAACUUGAAAUGAACUCAGACGGACAGGGGUUGAACAUGAAACUAACGAAAGAACUUUUGCCAAGAGCCCUUAUAUUUCGAAUGACAUGUAAACCCAUUCAAUACCCAGUUCAUCUUUUUGAUCAAGAGAAUAAUGAGUGCAAUUAA